UGAUCCGUUAUUAUGCUAUCCUGUGUGUGAAAUCUGAAUUGGUAGGAUUGAAGGCAUGGCAGUGUUUUGUAUCCAAAGCAACUUGUCUGGGUUGGCAAACCCAAUUCCCUCAAGAAGAAUUAGUAGGCGAGGAACCUUAGCUUUUGUCUCCUCCAUUGUUGUUUCUUCUUGGCUUGGCCUUGCUAAUCUCAAUUCUACACCACCUGCACUUGCUCACAACCUGCUACAAGAUGAGUUUCAGCAACAAGAACACCUUCUUGUGCACCUUUUUGAGGAAACAUCACCAUCUGUUGUUUUCAUUAAAGACAUUGAAUUGAGGAUGCUGGAUGAGGAUGAGGAUGCAGAUGCAAAAGUCCAAGGCACUGGUUCUGGCUUCAUUUGGGAUCAAUUUGGUCACGUAGUUACUAAUUACCAUGUUGUUGCCAAACUUGCUACUGAUACAAGUGGUUUACAACGUUGUAAGGUUUUCUUAGUUGAUGCCAAAGGGAAUAGCUUCUAUAGUGAAGGCAAGAUAAUUGGGUUUGAUCCAGCCUAUGAUCUUGCUGUUCUCAAGAUUGAUGUUGAUGGGCACGAAAUCAGGCCUGUGGUUCUUGGUCAAUCUAACAAGUUACAUGUAGGUCAAAGUUGUUUCGCAAUUGGGAAUCCUUAUGGAUAUGAAAAUACUCUCACAACAGGGGUGGUGAGUGGUUUAGGGCGUGAGAUACCUUCACCAAAUGGAGGGGCCAUUAAAGGAGCUAUUCAAACUGAUGCAGAUAUUAAUGCAGGAAACUCAGGGGGACCAUUGAUUGACUCAUACGGCCAUGUUAUUGGCGUAAACACAGCAACCUUCACCAGAAAAGGGAGCGGAAUGUCAUCAGGUGUUAACUUUGCGAUUCCCAUCGACACUGUUCUCAGGACUGUACCAUAUCUUAUUGUUUAUGGAACACCUUACAGUAAUAGGUUUUGAUCAACCAUGUUCCAUAUCUUGUGUGACAUUUUUUACAGUAAUAGGUUUUGGUAACGAAUGAAUAACAUGUUUGAUUGAUGUUCAAACAACAACCUUUACAAGCAUGCUAAAUUACUAGCAAUAUUAAUCUCAAAUAUAAUAGCAUGACUUGAGGUGCAUAAAUCAACUAUUCUCAUGUAUCAAUAUAUCAAUUGAGAAAUCAACAAUGAAUGUGUGGGAGUUUUUCACUAUCUUUCAUUAAAAAAGAAAUUGCUAAUUGAUGUCGAAAGUGAGUUGCUUUGUUAGAGGCAGGUAUAUGAUCUAUGCUGAUUUUGUGAUUUAGCACAAAAUUCGACAAUACAGAUAGUUCGACUAAGAUCGUUUGACCUAAAGGUGAGUCAAUAAUAUGUAAGUCAAAAUGUCAUAGCAUGUGAGUUGUUCCACGAGAAUGUAGGUCGAAGUAUCAUAAGGGUUGUUCCAUAAGAACUUAGCACAAGGAUUCAACUUAUCAUAAAAGAAGCUGAGUCGAUCACUUCUAAAUGUUGAAAUGAGUAAUUAAACAAAGGUUUUAUCCAAAAGCCCUUUAAGAACGUGGGACUUGAAGACUAAUGUAAAAAAAGACACAGGACAUCAACCUUAAAGUCAAGAUUUUUCAUGGUCAACCUUAAAGUCAAGAUUUUUCAUGGUCAAGGCAAUAUCAUAACCUAAGAAAUAGGAGGAAGUUAGCUCGUGGGAAAAAAAACACUGCAAAUUUAUCCUUUUGGACUAUAAAUAAAAGAAAGACAUAGGUGAAAAAGAGACUUCAAUGUGAACAUCACACUAUCACACAAAACUCUACAAAAU